UAGAGGUUGUGUUUAUAUUUUAGGUCAUUAGGAGAUUAAGAGAAACGACUUAACUUACUCCUACAACCAUCAAAGCUAAAUUCUUUGACAAAUUACCUGUUAAAAAUAGAGAUAAAAAAAGCAACAUAAACAAUGUCUCAACUGAAAGAUGAAUUUGCAGCUGCUGGUGCUAAAUUUACCUUGGAAAUUUUGGAAAAACUAAAAGCUGCUGACAGCAAGGAAAAUGUCAUCAUUUCUCCCUUCUCUCUACAAACCUGUAUGGCUUUGGCAUUUACGGGGGCCCAAGGUGAGACAGCACAAGAAAUAGCCUCUACCAUGAAAUAUGCCUCCAAUUGUACACAGGAAGUUGCGCAGAAUUUCCGUUGUAUAUUGGAUCAAUAUCAGGAUAGUGAUCUCUUGAAAAUGGCCAAUAAAAUCUAUGUCAAAGAGGGAAAGAAGAUCAAAGAUGCAUAUGAGAACACCACCAAAGAAAGCUAUCAUGCCGAGGCUGAGAUCAUAAAUUUCUCUGAAAGCGAAGCUGCUGCCCAGACCAUCAACAACUGGGUUGAGAAUAAAACAUCGGGUAAAAUUACUGAAUUGAUACCCUCCCAAGUUUUGGGUGACGAUACACGUUUGGUGCUGUUGAAUGCUUUGCAUUUUAAGGGCAGCUGGCAGUGUAAAUUUGAUGAGGCCAAUACCCACGAGGGCGAUUUUUGGACGGAUGCCGAGCAAUCGGUUAAAGUGCAAUACAUGAGGCAGACAGCCUAUUUCAAUCAAGGCUAUUUCCAUAAACAUAAAUUUAGCCUGCUAGAACUACCUUACAAAGAUUCGGAUCUAAGUAUGAUGAUUCUUUUGCCGGAUGAGCGUAAUGGUUUAAAAGAAGUGAUGGAACAGUUAAAAGAUAUUAAUUUGUUGGAAUUGACGGAAAAAAUAAGCAGUGACGAAAUCAUUUUAGUGUUGCCCAAAUUUAAAGUGGAUUUUGCUGUUGAUGCCAAAAACGUUUUGCAAGAGAUGGGCAUUGAAAAAGCAUUUACCGAAGAGGCCGAUUUCAGUGGUAUGUUAGAACCCUCUGAAGAUAUAAACAUAUCGAAUAUUUUCCAUAAGGCAUCCAUUGAAGUCAAUGAGGAGGGCACUGAAGCAGCUGCCGCCAGUGGAGCGAUUAUGAUGGCACGUUGUUUAAUGAGUUUUGAAUUCAUUGCGGAUCAUCCAUUCCUAUAUUGGAUAUGGAAUAAAAAGAAUAUUUUAUUUGCCGGUACAUUUGUAAAUGCUCCCAAAGAAGCUUAAGAACUAAACACUUAAGUUGCAGAAGUUUGUAGACUUUUUAAAAUAUCAGGAAACUGUAUGUUAUACCUUUAUUUAAACACAUAUAUAUU